AUGCUGCAGGCUUUCGACCUGCCCGCCAUCAGAACCACGUCCCCGCCAGCGUUCGACCACAAGACCCUGCCGUCCAUCAGCCCGGAGAUCAUUGGCCGCGACAUCUCACGGCCGUCGUCGAGCUCGACGGUGGCGUCGUUUACACAGCAGCGGCCGGGCAGCCAUGCCUCGAUGCAGCUGCCGGCCCUGUCGACACUGGCUUCGCUAGCAUCGACGAGCGCCAAGGACAACGAGAGCAACGGCGUCAUGGGAGAGGCGCAGUCGAUGAAGAUGCCGUCUCCGCCCAGCAAAACCUCCCAUGGCCUCAGCAUGACCUACGCGACCGCCGCGCCCGCCACUGCUGGCGGACAGGGCAACUCGCCGCCUGUCUGCCAGAACUGCACCACGAGCACCACGCCGCUCUGGCGCCGCGAUGAGAGCGGCGCCGUGCUGUGCAACGCCUGCGGCCUGUUUCUGAAGCUGCACGGCCGCCCGCGGCCAAUCUCGCUCAAGACGGAUGUCAUCAAGAGCCGCAACCGCGUCAAGACGGGCGGGCCUGGGCGCAAGAAGGGCGAGGGCAUCAACGGCCUCGCUGCCGCCCACCCCGACGCCGACGGGCAGCUGGGCCUCGCUCAACACCGCCGCGCAUCCGGCAAGAUCUCGUCGGGCCUCUCGGACCGCUCGCAGUCGCCCAUCUCGCGCACCGGCACGCCCAACUUCGCCCACCCCUCCAACAUCGCCCCCCAGCACAUGUUCGAGCAGGCCCUGAGCAGCGAUGCCGUCUUCCAGUCGCCCUCGAUGCACGGCUUCGGCCUGCGCCAGCCGUCCCCGGGCUCCACGUCCUCGGUCAACGGCUCGCACCUCGAGCCCCCGCUCUCCUACGACUCGCUCGCCGCCCAGAACACGGCCCUGAAGACGCGCGUCUCGGAGAUGGAGCUCAUCAACGACCUCUUCCGCAACCGCGUCAGCGAGCUGGAGAGCAGCGAGGGCCAGGCACGCGCCACUGAACACGCCCUGCGCGCCGAGCUCGAGGCGACGCAGCAGCGCGAGCAGGCCCUGAAGAGACGCAUCGAGGAGAUCGAGGAGGAGAGCCCUCGGCACAAGAAGAUGAAGAUGAGCGACCUAGUCGACGAGAGCCGCGCGGGCUCGCCAAUCAGCUCCAUGGUGGAGUAG